AUGUCGAAAACAAUCGAAACUGCCCGGGCUAUCAUUGGAAGUGACAUCCAAUUAUUAAAAUAUAAUAAAAAAUUCAUAAUUCCAAAAUCGAUCUGCGAGCUCAAUGAGAGUAAUAAUUACGAUGUUGAAGAGAAAAGUUUCUUAAGGAUGACAUAUCGAAGAUUUAUGCGGUUGAGACCUCUUAUUUCACAGAGGGCAAUGGUACGAGAUAUUUACGUCAAUUAUAUACGAUGUAAAUAUAGAUAUGAAUCAUUAUACUUGAAAAACCAGUUGGUGUUUAGUGAAGCUGCAGGAGCAACAUCAUCGUUGGAUAUAAUGCACGAUAGGAACGAAACUGAUAAAUGUAACUUAAGACUAAAGAUAUACACGUCUUUACAGUUUAUAUUACAGGCAUUGAGCCUUGAGGAAUCUAGUGUAAGUGCACAAGAAAAUCAUACAAAAGAUAUUCUUUUAGCUAAGCAGAUAUUCAAAAAUAUACUGACAGUGGAAUAUGAGAAGUUGAAGGCAGAUUCAGAAAGGAAGUGGCAAUAUAGAAAGAAUGGUAAUCUAAUUAAUUCGGAUAUUAUUGAUUAUAAUAUCGAAUGUAACCAUUUAAGAAAAUUCACAAUACUAAGUAGAGAAAAGGAGAAUAAGUAUGCAGCAAUAAAGGCCUUUGAUGAAUGUCUUACAUAUUUAAAUAAGACUUUAAAUACUCUCCUGUAA